AUAGUAUUAAUAUACAUUUAAGUAUAAAAAUACUAAGCUUCUUAUCUUCUAGUAUUUUAUUUUAUUUUAAUUUUUUUUCUUCAUCUUUAUAUUAAUAUACUAUAUUUAUUGGAAUUACUUUUGUAAAGUUAAUUAAGAGGCCGCUACAAUUUGAAAUUUUGUUUAUCGUGUGUAUAUAUCUAAACAAUUGCGGCCAUCGACCAAUGAAUUGUGAGUAUUUUUCUGGUUUACGGUAAUUGGUCCUUUCUCUUUUAUAUACUCGUCGACUAAGCUCGUAGUACUUAUCAUUCGACGAACCGUCAAAGGCGAUUAUUAUCAGCCGAUUGUUAUCUCUGUGUUAUAAUUCAGUCAUUUAUAAGUUUCGCACUAAGUAUUAUUUAAAAUGCCUUUGAAACUCAAUACUAAAGUAGUGAAAAGUCCAAGAAAUACAAGCAAACCCGAUAAGAAAAGAAAACGAAGAAGGAAGGAAAGUUACGCCGUAUAUAUUUAUAAAGUAUUAAAACAAGUACAUCCCGAUACUGGAAUUUCUAGUAGAGCCAUGAGCAUAAUGAACAGUUUUGUAAUUGAUAUAUUUGAAAGAUUAGCUGCGGAAUCAUCACGAUUGGCGUUGAACAACAAACGAGCUACGAUUAGUUCUCGCGAAAUUCAAACUGCUGUACGUUUAUUAAUUCCUGGUGAACUUGCCAAACAUGCUGUUAGUGAAGGAACAAAAGCUGUUACCAAAUAUACUAGUACUACAUAAUACAUUCGAUUCAUACACAAGAAAAAGAAAUUAGAAAAAAAAAAGAAAUAAAACCAACAAUAAAAAAGAAAAAAAGAGAGAUUAAUGAAGACAAAUAAAAAUGGCCCUUUUAAGGGCCAACAAAAA